GAUAUUGGCAGAAGGUUUCAUCAUCGGUCCGACCUUCAGCGUGUACUGCCCGUUCCAGUCACCCAGAGAGCAUCAGAGGCCUCAGGCUCUUGUGAUGAGUCGUGUGCUUCCGGAUCCUCAAAUUAUCCGUCAAAGUGUGAAUGACGCGCAGAGGAAAUCUACAAUCAACCCCCCCCUGCAUUGGCUCAGUCAGACUCUUGCACAGGGGCCAGAUAUCCUAGUACCAUCAUCCUGGCAACAUUCACAGAGCUUAGGCCAGCAUAGGGUCGCUAGCGGGGGCAUUGGCGCUGGAGGAUAUUCUGCCUACCAUGCACAAUAUAGUUCGGAGCGUGAAUGGUGGGCCAAACUUUUGUACGCUCCACCUCCGGCGGAAACUAUUACUUUGGAGGUUUCAGCAGUUCAUGAGGGCAACUCACAGAGGAAAGCCGGGUGUGGCAUAAACAUUGGCGUGCAUCCUUCCAUCUUUUCAAACAUUUGUGAGGGCAAGAAGGAUAUCAAUGCUCGGAUCGAUGCACCUGGACUCAUCGCUCUCGCGUUGGACAUGGUCGUUCCAAAACUCUUCAUUUUUGCAAACAGAUUUCCAUGGCACACUGACGAAUUCACAGUGCAGGAUGCUGCUUGGGUCGAUCUGUCCACACACCAGCCCAACAUCCCUUACUUUUUCUCUCAAUGUCUAGUCCCCUCUCGCCGUGGGCAGAAGGCGCCAACAUUUAAGUCCAAGCAAUUCACAUUGGCAGUUAUUGUGCCAGCGGCGCAAUGGAAUAAGUAUGAGAAUUGGAUAGAAAAAAUUGAAGAGCAUCAGCUUCGUCAGUCCAUGGCGGCUCAAGACUUGCCUCCUACGGCUUCAACGACUUAUGACUUUGAGUAUGCUGAUGAUGGGAACGCUACUGAUGGGAACACUAUUGGGGAUUCUGAGGAUGGGAACGGCGUUGAGGACGCUAUUGAGGAUUCUGAGGAUGCGACCGGCGUUGAGGACUCUGAACAGGGAGAUGACUUGGAGAACACCAGGGCACCUUCUCUCUCAGCAAAACGGACACAUAAGGCCGCACCAUUAGUGUACAAAUGCUCGGAUGGACUUCGCCUCCCUAGCCAUGACUAUCUGAGAGUUGCAUUGAAGUACGGAGGCAGCACAAAUCCAGAUGCAUCUAGUAAAGUCUUCAACAGGCACCACGAGGAUGUUCAAUAUUAUCCAAUCCCCACUCGCUCACUCACCGACAUCCUGAAGAUGCCGAAAUAUCAUACCUUUGAACUCGACAUUUCAGACUCACAUAUUGGUCAACUCACGAUUGAUGUUCCCCUCCAUAGUAUGAUAGGAAUCGGCACUUUCAAGACAGCUCAUCCUGGGUGGCUCACUCUCUCACUCAUCGUUCCAAGCAGUCUUGGAUCGCGAUCUCAGCAUCCUGUAGUCAUUAAGCGACCAUUCUUUAGGCCCCCAUCGACUCAGGCCACCGCUGCCACUGCCACACUCAAGAUCGUGCGAUAUUCCUCAGCAGAUAAACUUAAACAUGUCCUGAAAGAAAGUAAGGUCAUGUAUUGGGCUAAGUCGCUCCUUGACUACACGUGCAAUUACAUUGACCAUCAUAUUGGCAUCUCACCGAUGCCACCGCCCUUUGAGAUCCCUUGUGUACGUUUUGUUGAUGCUGGUGUCGCUUUGGGGUACGGCCAGCGCAACGCGAGCUCAAAACCAGGAGACAAGUCAAAUACAAAGGCAGGAGCGGUUUCAGCUGUUUUUCUUCUCAAAGAGUCCAUCCUGUUCAACGAUGAGGAGGAGUUCACCAAGUUCAUUCACAACAUGGACUGUGUGUCAUCUCUCGAUGAAGACGAAUAUGGCUAUGAUCUAGCUGUUUUCCUUGCGUUCACGCAGCAUCUUCAAUACGUGCAGACUGAAGAUCCUCAAAUCUUGACUCAUCCGUCCGUGAGUGAAGGGGGUGACGUCUUUGGAGACAGAAAUAUCGAGGGCAUGGUAGACGAGUUCGAACACAAACAUGCUUGCAAUCAUUACUGCAGGUGGCCAGGAUUUAAAUUGCGGUCAUUUGUCAGUUUGAAGAAGGACAAUUAG